AUGCCGCAGACAUCGGACUUCUACAGGUAUAGAGAACUGGACGGAUCAAAGCAGCAGAUCCGUCUCGCAAGAUUGUUGCGAUCUCAACCUGUGGCCAAUACGCUAUACAAGCGCGACUUCAUUUACUGCGAACUUGAGAUAUUCGACAUGAACACUGCACCCGAGUUCAUCGCUCUGUCAUACACUUGGGGUGGACCAUCAGAUAAUAGGUAUAUCGCUAUCAAUAACAAGCUGCUCGCUGUUAGAAUGAACUUGUUCGAUUUCCUUUCCGCCUUUCGCGCAGACGAAGCCAAUACCCAGUACCUCUGGAUCGAUCAGAUAUGUAUCAACCAACAGGACACGGCGGAACCCUUUGGGGAUAGCUACACGUACGUGCAGGGUACUCUCGGCCACCAAAACUACACCUUCAUUGGCGAUGAAUUCAACUUCUCUUUUGCGCCCGCACAGCUCUUUUCGAAUCGCAUCGUGCAGAACCUUACGGGAACGGCAGAAGGUGGCCCUAAUUGGGUGGAGCUUUUGACUGGAUGUGGUGUCGAGGAUGGUUUGCACAAUCCAAGAGAGUGCGAUGUUCAGCUCUGGGACUUUGCAUAUGCUGGCGCGAAUACUUUCGAGGAAGCUGGAUUCACACCCCUUCAUCACAACCAUACUGUCUCACUCGAACGGCAGAUCGAACAGUUUGCCUCCUACGGCAGUCCAGCUCUCGAAUCAAUUCAUCUCAACAAGAAGAAAGCGCUCGUAGCGAUAUGGAUCGGCAUCAACGACAUCAAUGACCUUGUAUCCACCCAAGGCAAGAACGCAUCCUUUGCGCCACUCUACGAGAAGAUCCAGGAUCGAGUUUUUGAGAACGUGGAGAAGAUCUAUGAACUUGGCUACAAGAACUUCCUUUUCAUGAAUCUACCGCCUCUGGAUCGUGGGCCAGGCACGCCCAAUGUCAACGCGUCGCUCGUUGCUUCUUUCAACAAGAUUCACGCUGCACAUGCCAACGACUUUCAGUCCGAUCAUAAGGACGUGAAGGUGCUGCAAUUCGACGUGAAUAGUGUUUUGAACUACGUUUUGGAUCAUUACCAAGACUACGGGUUCAAAAACGUCACCGACUACUGCCCUGGAUAUAAUCAGCCAGAUAUCCUGACAAAUCCUAGCCAAUAUGGGUGCACGGACUUGAACACGUACUUUUGGUACAAUUCAGGGCACCUGACGAGUCGGACGCAUGAGGUCAUGACGAAAGCCUUGAAACGAUGGUUGUCAAAGCAGUAA